CAGAAACCUACAUUCCACAAGCCACACCACCGAUCAGAAACGAAAGUUCUUGUCGCCGACAUGGACGGCACCAAAGCCAACACCACCACGAUCAGUCCCCGGAAGCCGCGGGUGAUGCUCUACUGCUCCCCACUCAUUGGGCACCUUGUCUCCAUGGUCGAGCUCGCCAAGCUCUUCGUCGCCCGUGGACUAGCCGUCACCAUCGUCCUCAUGGACCCGGUGUACGACACCGGCGCUACGGGGCCCUUCCUGGCCGGCGUCUCCGCGGCCAACCCCUCCAUCUCUUUCCACCGUCUACCACAGGUGGAGCUUCUCGAGUCUGACCACUCCAUGAUACCAGCCUUAGCCAUCGCCCGCCACUCCAACCCGCACCUACGUGACUUUCUCGCUGGCGCCUCCCCGGACGUCCUCGUGGUGGACUUCUUCUGCAGUGCCGCUGUGGACGUGGCCGCGGAACUCGGCAUACCCGUCUACUUCUUCAACACCUCCGGCGCCCAGAUCCUGGCUUUCUUCAUGCACCUCCCGGUUCUGCAUGGGAAAAGCACGAGGAGCUUCCGGGAAAUGGGCGAGGAAAUCGUGCACGUCCCGGGGAUCGCCUCCUUCCCGGCGACCCACACCAUCCAGCCGCUCAUGGACCGUGACGGCGCGUCCUACAGUGCGUUCCUAAACGUGAGCCUCAACCUGUUCCGGUCACAGGGCAUCAUCGUCAACACCUUCCGCUCGCUGGAGCCUCGUGCCAUGGACACCAUGCUCGCCGGGCUCUCCGCCCCACCCGGCCUCUCGACACCCCCGGUCUACUGCAUUGGGCCGUUGAUCAAGUCGGACAAGGUGGGUGUGAAGCGCGGCAAUGAGUGCCUCGCAUGGCUGGACGCGCAACCCAAGGCCAGUGUGGCGUUCCUGUGCUUUGGCAGCCUCGGCCGAUUCAGCGCUAGCCAAACGAGAGAAAUGGCCACUGGGCUGGAGGCUAGUGGAAAAAGGUUUCUCUGGGUCGUGCGGAGCCCGCCAAGCGAUGACACGACGACAGAGCCGGACUUGGAUGUGCUGCUUCCGAAGGGUUUCCUGGACCGGACCAAGGGCAGGGGCCUUGUCGUGAAGUCUUGGGCGCCACAGGGUGACGUGCUAGCACAUCACGCCGUGGGUUGCUUCGUGACACACUGCGGGUGGAACUCGGUGCUCGAGUCUAUUAUGGCUGGCGUGCCUAUGGUGGCGUGGCCGUUAUACGCGGAGCAGAGGAUGAAUGCGGUAUUUCUCGAGAAAGAGAUGGAGCUGGCCGUCCCGAUGGAAGGGUACGACAAGGACUUGGUGGAGUCUAAGGAGAUUGCCAAGAAGGUCAAGUGGAUGAUGGAUUCAAAAGGCGGGAAGGUGCUCCGAGAGCGGACUCAAGCGGUGAUGCGGCAGGCGAAAGAGGCUCUGCUCGAGGAUGGAGAAUCAAUGGCGACAUUGGCGGGGCUUGUGGAUGCGUGGAUUCAUGCUUGACAUGUGCAACAUCGUUUAUAAUUGUUUGUGGAAAUAAGGAGUGAGGGUUAUGUCUUUCACUUUCAGCUGUGAUUUUAGUUUCUUCACUUCUGUAACAUGUACUGCCUACACAUAGUGGAGAAAUUUCCAUA